CUCCGUGUGCCCCUGAAAGCGGGUGGGAACGGAAAUCCCUGCGGCCUCGGCCUCCGACGAUAGCGCGCUAUCUGCCGAGUCCGCGCGCGUCCGCGCGGCCUCUAGGCUAUUUCUGGCCCAGCCACAGCACUGUGGUGGGUGCGGGCGUGCCGGGACCCGGCGGGGGCGGGGCAGCCUUAUGGGUCGGCUCUCCCACCUACGCCUCUCGCUCCAGAGCAAGCCGGGCCGCCGUCCUCUCGCCAUGGGCUCUGGUGAGUCUGGAGUCUGGUUGGGCCCCCGGCUGCUCCCUAGGCCGAUCCGGGUUGAGAGGCACUCUGGUUCUUUGGCUGCAGCAGGGAGAGACUUGGAUCAGGCUUGGUGGGGACUUCUAGCCAGAGUACGGGGUGGUCAGGGUGGAGGGGGGGCGGGGUGGUCAGGGUGGAGAGGGGGGCGGGCUACUGGGACGCCGCGCAUCAGGGGGCUGGAUGGAGCCGGGCCGGCGCUCUGGGCGCUCGGAGACGUCGUCCAGGCGCCCCGCCGACCGCCCGGCUCACUGCGGCCUUCCCUUGCAGGGCCGCGCGGGGCGCUGAGCUUACUGCUCUUGCUGCUGGCGCCGCCGAGCCGCCCGGCCGCAGGUUGCCCGGCGCCCUGUAGCUGCGCGGGGACGCUAGUGGACUGCGGGCGCCGCGGGCUGACUUGGGCCUCGCUGCCGACCGCCUUCCCUGUCGACACAACCGAGCUGGUGCUGACCGGCAACAACCUGACGGCGCUGCCGCCGGGGCUGCUGGACGCGCUGCCCGCGCUGCGCGCCGCACACCUGGGCGCCAACCCCUGGCGCUGCGACUGCCACCUGGUUCCGCUGCGCGCCUGGCUGGCCGGCCGCCCCGAGCGUGCCCCCUACCGCGACCUGCGUUGCGUGGCGCCCCCGGCACUGCGCGGCCGCCUGCUGCCCUACCUGGCAGAGGACGAGCUGCGUGCCGCUUGCGCUCCCGGCUCGCUCUGCUGGGGGGCGCUGGCGGCGCAGCUCGCGCUGCUGGGCCUGGGGCUGCUGCACGCGCUGCUGCUGGUGCUGCUCCUGUGCCGCCUGCGGAGGCUGCGCAUCCGCGCCCGCGCCGCGCCCCCGCUGUCGCUGACCGCCCCGCUGGUGGACGAGUCGGCCGGAACCGGCGCGUCCUGAGGAGAGACCCGGCGCUGAGCAACGCGGGCCUGCAAACUCGACAGGACCCUGCCCAAGGAGCCCUCUCGCCAACCUGGACCCGCUUCGGCCUCGUCCGCUGCCCAAUCUCAGACCCACCCCACCUGCAGGCCCAGACCCACCUGGGGCAGAGCUCCUGCCCACUUUACCCCGAGGGAGGCGAACCCGCACCUCCAGGCUUGGGAGGACCGUGGGGCACAAUGCCAUCCAGACCCUGGCCUUUCCUCCAAACUCUGGUGCUGAAUAAAUCCUUCUGAUCGGGC